UUUUUAUACACUGGUCGCCGCCUCCGCCAUCAACAACCACAAAGAACACCGCCGUCGAAAAGCCGGAGUGAUUGGGUCUCCUAAAUGCAUUUUUCAUCAUCAAUUGCUCUUUCUACCAUACCUCAACCGCUUCUCCAAUGCUAUUCAAUACUUUACGAACUUCUUUCCACUGCUUUCUCUCUCUACACCACUCCUUUUCCUUCACUCGACCUUCUUACUCCAAUAUUUUCAGUCGCUCGCUCUCAGUAGCUACUGCAUCAGCAAACAUGGAGUCCCAACGACCUGUUGUACUAGUUUUAAGUGGAAAAUCCGAAAGCGAGAAGGAAUUUGCAAGGUCUUUGAAAGAAAAUUCAACCCUUAAAAUCACAGAUGAUGUAAAAGUUCCAGACCUAUUUGCACUCUGA